AGCCUCGUCUUGUGACAUAGCGCAGCAAAGGUUACAUACAUGGCAACUUCCAUGGGUUGCCUCGUCUUGCUCUGCCUUGUUUCUCCCUUCCUCCUUGCCAGUGCCAUCCACGGCCACCCAUGGGGCGGCUUGUUCCCUCAAUUCUACGACCAUUCAUGCCCCAAGGCGAAGGAGAUCGUGCAGUCCAUUGUAGCACAGGCUGUGGCCAAGGAGACCAGGAUGGCGGCAUCCUUGGUCAGACUGCAUUUCCAUGACUGCUUUGUCAAAGGCUGCGAUGCAUCCGUGCUGUUGGACAACAGCAGCAGCAUAGUCAGUGAGAAAGGGUCAAACCCCAACAGGAACUCCCUCAGGGGGUUUGAGGUGGUCGACCAGAUCAAGGCCGCUCUCGAGGCUGCCUGCCCAGGCACUGUCUCCUGCGCCGACAUCCUCGCCCUCGCAGCCCGUGACUCAACUGUCCUGGUUGGUGGCCCAUACUGGGACGUGCCACUCGGCCGAAGGGAUUCGCUUGGUGCAAGCAUCCAGGGUUCUAACAACGAUAUCCCAGCCCCCAACAACACCCUCCCAACCAUCAUCACCAAGUUCAAGCGCCAAGGCCUCAACGUUGUGGAUGUCGUCGCCCUCUCCGGUGGCCACACCAUAGGUAUGUCUCGGUGCACCAGCUUCCGGCAGAGGCUGUACAACCAAACGGGCAAUGGCAUGGCUGACAGCACACUGGAUGUAUCGUACGCGGCACAACUGAGGCAGGGGUGCCCCCGCUCUGGCGGCGACAAUAACCUCUUCCCCUUGGACUUCGUCACCCCAGCCAAGUUUGACAAUUUUUACUACAAGAACCUCCUGGCUGGCAAGGGCCUCCUCAGCUCUGAUGAGGUUCUGUUGACCAAGAGCGCCGAGACAGCAGCACUCGUGAAGGCAUAUGCUGCUGAUGUCAAUCUCUUCUUCCAGCACUUUGCGCAGUCUAUGGUGAACAUGGGCAACAUCUCACCACUAACCGGGUCACAGGGUGAGAUCCGGAAGAACUGCAGGAGGCUCAACAACGACCACUGAGGUUGCUUUAUGUGCUGAAAUUGUAUCUGAUGUUGGUCAUAUAAUUUGUUCAAAUAAGCAAGCAUGGCUAUGAUUUUAUCAGAGGUUUGAUCUUAUGUUUUUAUUUAAACACAUUGUAAAAUGUGUAUCUAUUAAUAAGUCAAUAUAUAAGAUGAGUUGAUUUGGUUGUCA